AUGGAAGCGCCCGGCGCGACAACGGCGAAUGGAGGUGCUGAUAAUGGCACCUCGGAGCACGAAACGCCCAUCGCGCGCAGCCGAUCACCUUCGGACACAAGCCAUGACGAACACGACCAAUGCCAAUCGGGCACCGGCAAAUCUGAUCACACUGACGGCGGAAAUGAAACAGAUGAAGAUGAGGAGUCUGAUGAGGAGGACGAGGAACCUCAUCUCAAAUAUGCAUACCUCACGAAACACCUGGGGUCGGUAUAUCGGAAUGGAGACGCUACAAGCACAUUUCUCGUUGCCGCAAACAAGAUGAUCAUCGGAACGCAUAAUGGAGUCAUUAAUGUUCUAUCGUUACCCGCUAUGCAGCCAUUACGUGUAUAUCAUGGUCAUUCAGCAAGUGUAACAUGCAUAUCUAUAUCCCCGUACCCCCCUCCUCUGCCGAAUCCCAAGCUCGACUUUCCUGCACGGCAGAUUGGAGACGACCUCCGCUCUCCAACGCGAAGCCCCACCAGCUCUGGAAGCAUUCGGGGCCAGAGAUCGGGCCAAGCGUCCAUUGCAUCUACCCCAUCAAACUCAAUCCACAUUGCAUCGGCUUCUAUCGACGGCAACGUGUGCAUAUCAUCUUUGGUAGACCCUAAGGAUAUUCUGAAACGAAACUUUGGUCGGCCUGUUCAGGCAGUUGCUCUGUCUCCAGACUACAAGAAUGAUAGGACAUUCAUCUCUGGCGGUCGAGCUGGUGAAUUGAUUUUAACGUCAGGAGGUCGCAUUGGGGUCAGCUCAAAUGCAACUACAAUGGGAGGCGCAACUGCUGCGGCAUCAAGCUGGCUAGGAUCAAUGGGAUUAGGUGGCGGUAGUGGGAAAGACACAAUUCUCCACAGUGGCGAGGGUGCCAUUAGCACGAUUCGAUGGUCUUUGUCUGGCAAAUAUGUUGCCUGGGUCAAUGAGGAGGGUAUCAAGAUCAUGCGUUCUAAUCUGCACCUGGAGAGUUCACAGUUGGAAAUUGCAUGGAAGCGUAUCAGCCACAUCGAUCGCCCAACCGGACCAGGCUGGGAUGAUAUGGCUAGCGUUUGGAAAGCGCGCGCUGAAUGGAUUGACCAAUCUGCCUUGGAUGAUAUGGACAAACUUGACCCCCAUGAUGAUAUGACACAACACGCGACACCUCCGGUAGUGUCAACCCCUCAGGCCGAGAAACUUCUUGUGGGCUGGGGAGGUACCGUGUGGGUAAUUGACGUAUACCCUGACCGGGCAUGUAAGUCUUCAAAAGGCGAGAAAUACGGCUCUGCAGAGGUAUCCACAAUCUUACGAACGGAUUGCCUAAUAUCUGGAAUAUCGUUAUACACACGUCGUCUCCUUGUUAUACUCGCGUGCAUCGAGGCAGACGACGACGCCAGCGAAAGCUCUGAAAAGGUCUCGGGGGUUCACCAUCGCCAGAAGGGCUUGGAGCCUGAACUUCGAAUCAUUGAUCUCGAAACCAAGGAAGAGCUUAGUGCCGAUACGCUCUCCGUCACUCGUUUUGAAAGUCUCACUGCUUCAGACUACCAUCUAAAUGUUUUACCCCCAUGGAAAACCCCUGAGGGUCAAGUUGCUCAGCGCGGAGCCUUCGGUGCAAUUGGAUUUGGUCUUCUGGAUGCUACAAUGUACCCAGCACGGUUAUUUAGCUCUGGCGCCAGUAUUCGCAGCACAGCAAGCAGUGGAGACAAGAUAUCGGGUAGAGUUCCAUCGUCCUUCAUUUCCAAACAUUUAUCCCCCGAAGAUGCUGUUCCAAAAGAAGUUCAAGAUGUUGCAGCAGCUCCCGGUGCAAAGAUUUUCGUCCACAGUCCCUUCGACUGCGUUGUUGCUGUCAAGAGAGAUCUCACAGAUCGGUUGGCUUGGUUGGACUCACGUGGCAAGUAUGAAGAGGCAUGGACACUCGUAGAUGAACACCCUGAAGCUGCAGGCUCGACAUAUGAUACUGAAGAAGUUCCCUCCGGAUCUCUUAGGUCGCAAUCAAGUCUAGGAGACUUUUUUUCUGACGACCGUUCAUCUGUUCUAACCGUUGGUCAAAAAGGACACCACGAGCUGAUCAAGAAAAGGCUCGUCUCGCUUGUGAGCAACGAAAAGUGGAGCGAAGCUGCAGAGGUUUGCAGCAAAGUCCUCCAUAAUGCCCCCCGCUGGGAGCACUGGGCAUGGGUAUUCAUCAAACAAGAUAGGCAUGAUGAGAUCAUCCCAUAUAUCCCAACAGGCUUGCAUCCUGCAUUAACUGCAGUCAUUUACGAGGUUCUGCUAAGUCACUACGUGUCUCGAGAUCUGAACAGAUUCCGAGACUUGGUGGAGACAUGGCCAUCUGACCUGUUCGACCCUGAUGUCGUGAUUAUGGCUAUUGAAGAACAGCUGAAGUCCAAUUCCAUACGCAAUGAGUCCGAGGAGUGGCGCAUAUUGACAGACUGUCGUGCUAAAUUGUUCGUUGCUGGCGGGCAUUACCGCGAAGCUCUGCAUUGCUAUAUUCGACUGCAAGAUGCAGAUGCAGCCAUGGUCUUGAUUCGCACACACCGCUUGGUAGAUGCACUAAUUGACGAUAUAUCUGCUUUCAUUUUGAUCCGCAUCUCGAGAAAGCGGCUGAAGUCAGCUCCCAAAUCUGAGCUGGAAGAGAUGUCUGCGGAGCCAAUCCAGCUACUUGUCCGUGAAGCUUACACUGGUAUUGUCCCCCCCGAGACGGUUGUACAGCAACUUACUGCCGCGAAACACUUUUUGUUUCUUUAUUUCUAUCUUCGGGCUCUAUGGCGCGGUGAAUCUCUUCCGCAGUCAUCAUCAAAACCUCAACGAGGGCGGGGAGCCCACACCUUGGAUGCAGCAACCAAACUAGCUGCAGAUGAAGGAAAAGCUCUGAUAGAUAGCUUUGCUGAUACGGCUGUAGAGGUAUUUGCAGAUUAUGACCGACCACUGCUGAUGGACUUUCUCCAAACGAGUAUCUCUUAUACAUUUGAGACUGCCACAUCGAUAUGUGAAAAACGUCACUUUACGCCAGAACUGAUUUAUCUGUUAUCAAAAAUGGGCCAGACCAAGCGAGCCUUGAAUCUGAUACUGGCAGACUUGAAGGAUGUAUCACAGGCCAUCUCGUUUGCUAAGUCCCAAGAUGAUCCUGAUCUCUGGGAGGACCUUCUCGAUUACUCUAUGGAUAAGCCAAAGUUCAUACACGGUCUUCUUGUCGAGGCUGGGACUUCUAUCGACCCCAUCAAGCUUGUACGCCGUAUUCCCAGUGGACUGGAGAUCGAGGGCUUGCGGGAGGGUCUUUCGAGAUUGAUUCGUGAGCAUGAUCUACAGGCUAGUAUCAGCCAGGGUGCAGCACGAGUCAUGCAAAGUGAAGUGGCUCUGGGUAUGGACACACUUCGCAGGGGCCAACGGCGAGGAAUAAAAUUCAACAUUACCGAUGGCACCGUUGCCAAUGGCAAAGAUUCGAAUAUGACACCGACCUUGAAGGUUGACGAUGUCACAAUCUCGAAGAACCUAGCUAAUCCUGCAAUUUCUGUACAAGGAAAAUGCAGUGGUUGCCAGGCUCCGUUCCAACUAAAAGAGCGAGAAAUACUCAUCGGCUUUGCCUGUGGGCACGUCUUCCACUUAUCCCAUCUUCAUUCCGAACAAUCACAGCCUUCAACCACAAGUAGCCCAGUAGAUGGAACACCCCGACCCUUAUCUCCAUCUGACGAUUCAUUUUCUUCUACGGCCUCUCGUACCGUUGGUCCAAAGGUCACAACAGCACGACUUCUGCGGGACAAGGUGGGUGAUGGCUGUCGGAUAUGUGCAUUAACCAGGAAGAUCGAUUCCAUUGGCAACGAAGCUGAUAUAUAA